AUUAUUUUGUUAUGAAAUAAUUUAAGUUAAGCAAGCAAGUAGUAUUUGGAAAAAAAUUAUUUAGGUGAAGCUAUGAUUUUUGGUGCCUAGGGGAACAAAUACAUCUUGUCCUCACAGAACAGCUGUUUUGCGUAAAAUUGCGGUUCAGUUCAACAACAAUAAAAACACUGGGUAUCACAAUCAUGCUGAAGAACGCCGGCAGCUUACUAUUCCGAAACUUAUCCGCAAAAUGCGGUUCACAUACCCCAUCAGUGAGGGGGAAUCAAUUUGAUACCCAUGGUUGUCGAACAAACGGGACGAGGAGAGCGCGCUUACGACAUAUUCUCACGUCUUCUCAAAGAGCGAAUCAUCUGCCUGAUGGGCAACAUUACUGAUGACAUCAGUUCAACGGUGGUUGCCCAGCUGCUAUUCUUGCAGUCGGAGAACGUGAACAAACCCAUCCAUUUGUACAUAAACUCUCCUGGUGGCGUGGUGACCGCAGGCUUGGCCAUCUAUGAUACGAUGCAGUAUGUAAAGCCGCCUAUUGCGACAUGGUGUGUGGGUCAAGCAUGUUCCAUGGGAUCGCUCUUGCUGGCAGCUGGCGCACCUGGAAUGCGUUACUCUUUGCCAAAUGCGCGCAUCAUGAUACAUCAGCCGUCAGGAGGUGCUCAAGGUCAAGCAACUGACAUACUUAUUCAUGCGGAGGAAAUCAUCAAAAUAAAACGCCAACUUACAACCAUAUAUGUGAAACACGCAAAGAACUCAUAUGAUGAGAUGUGCUCUCGUAUGGAACGAGACCACUUUAUGACCCCAGAAGAGGCAAAGACCCUAGGCAUAAUUGAUCAUGUGCUUGAGCACCCCCCAGAGACAGUUUCGGACAGCGGUCCAACCUCCGAUGGCAAUCUGCCAACAGGCAAAUUGGUCAAGUCUGACGAUGAGGCCGAAAAGGAAAAGCGCAGAUCAAAACAGUCGAGUUAGGCUCGCAGCAGCAUUUUAUAUAACAGAUUCUUGGAUUUCAAAUUGUAAAACGUAAUUAAUAGGAAAAAUAAAUUCAGAUAAUCGAAA